UGAGGCAGCAGCUGAGGCAGCCGCUGGGGCGGCUGGGGGAGCGGCCGGGUGGCCGUCGGGCGCUAGCCGCCAUGGAGGCCGUGCCCCGUAUGCCCAUGAUCUGGCUGGACCUGAAGGAGGCCGGUGACUUCCUCUUUCAGCCGGCCGUGAAGAAGUUUGUCCUAAAAAAUUAUGGAGAGAACCCAGAAGCCUACAAUGAGGAACUGAAGAAGCUGGAGUUGCUCAGACAGAACGCUGUCCGUGUCCCACGGGACUUUGAGGGCUGCAGUGUCCUCCGCAAGUACCUAGGCCAGCUCCACUACCUGCAGAGUCGGGUCCCCAUGGGCUCGGGCCAGGAGGCCGCCGUUCCUGUCACCUGGACUGAGAUCUUCUCUGGCAAGUCUGUGGCCCAUGAGGACAUCAAGUAUGAGCAGGCCUGCAUUCUCUACAACCUCGGGGCGCUGCACUCCAUGUUGGGGGCCAUGGACAAGCGGGUGUCUGAGGAGGGCAUGAAGGUCUCCUGUACUCAUUUCCAAUGUGCAGCAGGCGCCUUUGCCUACCUGCGUGAGCACUUCCCUCAUGCGUACAGCGUGGACAUGAGUCGCCAGAUCCUCACUCUCAACGUCAACCUCAUGCUGGGCCAGGCUCAGGAGUGCCUUCUGGAGAAGUCAAUGUUGGACAACAGGAAGAGCUUUCUGGUGGCCCGCAUCAGUGCACAGGUGGUGGAUUACUACAAGGAGGCAUGCCGGGCCUUGGAGAACCCUGACACUGCUUCCCUGCUGGGCCGGAUCCAGAAGGACUGGAAGAAGCUUGUCCAGAUGAAGAUCUACUACUUUGCAGCUGUGGCUCAUCUGCACAUGGGGAAGCAGGCCGAGGAGCAACAGAAGUUCGGUGAGCGGGUCGCAUACUUCCAGAGUGCCCUGGACAAGCUCAAUGAAGCCAUCAAGUUGGCCAAGGGCCAGCCUGACACGGUGCAGGACGCACUGCGCUUCACUAUGGACGUCAUUGGGGGGAAGUACAAUUCUGCCAAAAAGGACAAUGACUUCAUCUACCACGAGGCUGUCCCAGCACUGGACACCCUUCAGCCUGUAAAAGGCGCCCCCUUGGUGAAGCCCUUACCAGUGAACCCCACAGACCCAGCUGUUACAGGCCCUGACAUCUUUGCCAAACUGGUACCCAUGGCUGCUCAUGAAGCCUCGUCGCUAUACAGUGAGGAGAAGGCCAAGCUGCUUCGGGAGGUGAUGGCCAAGAUUGAGGACAAGAACGAGGUCCUGGAUCAGUUCAUGGAUUCAAUGCAGCUGGACCCUGAGACUGUGGACAACCUUGAUGCGUACAGCCACAUCCCACCCCAGCUCAUGGAGAAGUGUGCGGCUCUCAGUGUCCGGCCCGACACCGUCAGGAACCUUGUCCAGUCCAUGCAAGUACUGUCAGGUGUGUUCACGGAUGUGGAGGCCUCCCUGAAGGACAUCAGGGAGCUGCUGGAAGAGGACGAGCUGCUGGAGCAGAAGUUGCAGGAGGCCCUGGGCCAGGCCGGGGCCAGCCUGGCGGGCUCCAAGGCAGAGCUGGCCGAGGUGAGGCGAGACUGGGCUAAGUACAUGGAGGUCCACGAGAAGGCCUCCUUCACCAACAGCGAGCUGCACCGGGCUAUGAAUCUGCACGUGGGCAACCUGCGCCUGCUCAGUGGGCCACUGGACCAGGUCCGGGCUGCCCUGCCCACACCAGCCCUCACCCCGGAGGACAAGGCUGUGCUGCAGAACCUGAAGCGCAUCCUGGCCAAGGUGCAGGAGAUGCGGGACCAGCGCGUGUCCCUGGAGCAGCAGCUGCGGGAGCUUAUCCAGAAGGAUGACAUCACGGCCUCGCUGGUUACCACGGACCACUCCGACAUGAAGAAGCUGUUUGAGGAGCAGCUGAAGAAGUAUGACCAGCUGAGGGUAUACCUGGAGCAGAACCUGGCAGCCCAGGACAACGUCCUCCGGGCGCUGACAGAGGCCAAUGUGCAGUACGCGGCCGUGCGGCGGGUGCUCGGUGAACUGGACCACAAGUGGAACUCCACGCUCCAGACCCUGGUGGCCUCCUACGAAGCCUAUGAGGACCUGAUGAAGAAGUCCCAGGAGGGCAAGGACUUCUAUGCGGACCUGGAGAGCAAGGUGGCUGCUCUCUUGGAACGGGCCCAGUCCACCUGCCAGGCCCGCGAGGCGGCCCGCCAGCAGCUCCUGGACAGGGAGCUGAAGAAGAAGCCGCCCCCGCGGCCCACCGCCCCGAAGCCGCUGCUGCCCCGGAGGGAGGAGGGGGAGACAGUGGAGACGGGAGACCUGCCCGAGGAGCUGCGCAGCCUGCCCCCCGACAUGGUGGCCAGCUCACGGCCACCCGACACCUACUUGGGAACUGCCGCCCCACUCCCGUUUCCUCCCAGCCCCUUCCCCGGUUCUGCGGGCCCAGGACCCCACUAUCUCUCAGGUCCCUUACCUCCUGGUACCUACUCGGGCCCCACCCAGGUAUUGCAGCCCAGGGCCCCCCAGGCCCCAGGUCACCCUGCAAUGGCCAUGGCCCCUGGACCUGCCCUCUACCCAGCCCCUGCGUAUACACCGGAGCUGGGCCUCAUGCCCCGAUCCUCCCCACAGCAUGGUGUGGUGAGCAGCCCCUAUGGGGGGGUAGGGCCCUCCCCGCCAGUUGCAGGUCUGCCCUCAGCCCCACCUCCCCAGUUCUCGGGCCCUGAGAUGGCCAUGGGGGUUCGGCCAGCCACCACCACGGUAGAUAGUGUCCAGGCCCCCAUCUCCAGCCACACGGCACCACGGCCAAACCCCAGCCCUGCCCCUCCCCAGCCCUGCUUCCCAGUGCCUCCACCACAGCCGCAGCUGCUGCCCGCGCCCUACAGCUACCCUGUGGGGGCCAAGCCCCCCCUCACAGCUCCCGCUGCCCAGCACCACUUUCCUCCUGGGAUUCCCCCGGGUUUUCCAGCCCCCAGGGUUGGGCCCCAGCCCCAGCCCCAUCCCACAGGAGUGGUGUUUGGGCCCCAGCCCCCCCAGCAGCCCCUUCCACUCCAGCAUCCGAACCUCUUCCCACCCCAGGCUCCGGGGCGGGUCCCCCCCCAGCCCCCCUACCCCUUCGCUCCUCAGCCUGGUGUCCUGGGACAGCCAACGCCACCCAUGCACACCCCUCUCUACCCAGGCCCCUCUCAGGACCCUCUGCCCCCCCACUCAGGGGCUCUGCCCUUCCCCAGCCCCGGGCCGCCUCAGUCUCCCCAUCCCACCCUGGUGUAUGGUCCUGCCCCUUCCCCCAGGCCCCUGUGCCCCCCAGCGGCCCCUCUCUCCAUUCGAGGUCCCUCACCUGCUGGCCAGCCCACCCCAAACCCCCACCUGGUGCCUUCACCCGCCCCGUCACCAGGGCCCGGCCCAGCGCCGCCUCGGCCCCCUGCCGCAGAGCCGCCCCCAUGCGUGCGCCGGGGCACUGCGGCCGCAGACCUGCUGUCCUCCAGCCCGGAGAGUCAGCACGGAGGCACGCAGCCCCCUGGGGGUGGGCAGCCUCUGCUGCAGCCUACAAAGGUGGACGCGGCUGAGGGCCGCCGGCCACAAGCCCUGCGGCUGAUUGAGCGGGACCCCUACGAGCGCCCCGAGAGGCUGCAGCAGUUGCAGCGGGAGCUGGAGGCCUUUCGAGGCCAGCUGGGGGACGCAGGGGCCCUGGAUGCUGUGUGGCGAGAGCUGCAGGACGCCCAGGAACACGACGCCCGCGGCCGGUCCAUCGCCAUCGCCCGCUGCUACUCCCUGAAGAACCGGCACCAGGACGUCAUGCCCUACGACAGUAACCGCGUGGUGCUGCGCUCGGGCAAGGACGACUACAUCAACGCCAGCCGCGUGGAGGGACUCUCGCCCUACUGCCCGCCCCUGGUGGCCACCCAGGCGCCGCUGCCCGGCACGGCUGCGGACUUCUGGCUCAUGGUGCAUGAGCAGAAGGUGUCGGUCAUCGUCAUGCUGGUGUCUGAGGCCGAGAUGGAGAAGCAAAAGGUGGCGCGCUAUUUCCCCACCGAGAGGGGCCAGCCCAUGGUGCACGGUGCCCUGAGCCUGGCGCUGAGCAGCGUCCGGGCCACCGAGACCCACGUGGAGCGGGUACUGAGCCUGCAGUUCCGGGACCAGAGCCUCAAGCGCUCACUCGUGCACCUCCAUUUCCCCACUUGGCCUGAGUUAGGCCUGCCAGACAGCCCCGGCAACCUGCUGCGCUUCAUCCAGGAGGUGCACGCGCACUGCCUGCACCAGCGGCCCCUGCACACGCCCGUCAUCGUGCACUGCAGCUCUGGGGUGGGCCGCACGGGAGCCUUCGCACUGCUCUACGCCGCCGUGCAGGAGGUGGAGGCUGGCAACGGGAUCCCCGAGCUGCCUCGGCUGGUGCGACGCAUGCGGCAGCAGAGGAAGCACAUGCUGCAGGAGAAAGUGAGGUUGUUUUGUGUAUUAAUAACAAAUCAUUUGACAAGCGUCAGCCAGAAGGUGAGGAAGGAGCUCCUGGGGCUGGUGGGGUCAGCCCCAGCCUCGUGGACCAGUCUCCACCCACUCCUAUUUUCCCAGAAUCACCUUCCUCAGGACUCCCAGGACCUGGUUCUUGGCGGGGAUGUGCCGAUCAGCUCCAUCCAGGCCACCAUUGCCAAGCUCAGCAUCCGGCCUCCCGGGGCCCUGGAUUCCCCAGCUACCAGCCUCCCAAGCCCCGUAGAGCCCCCGGGCCUGCCACCAGCCAGCCUCCCGGAGUCCACUCAGCUCCCGUCCUCCCCCCCACCCCCCGUCUCUCCACCCCAGCCCGAGGCCCCCCAGCCUGAGGAGGAACAGCCAGUACCUGAGGCCCCUAGCCUGGGGCCCCCCUCCUCCUCCCUGGAGCUGUUGGCCUCCCUAACUCCCGAGGCCUUCUCUCUGGACAACUCCCUGCGAGGAAAGCAGCGGAUGAGCAAGCAGAACUUUCUGCAGGCCCAUAAUGGGCAGGGUCUGCGGGCUGCCCGGCCCAGUGAUGACCCACUCAGCCUCCUGGAUCCGCUCUGGACACUCAACAAGACCUGAAUAGGCUUUGCCUGCCCGGUCCUUACACUACAUCAUCUCCCGCACCGGUCUGCACACCCUAGUAGGGCCUCUCUGGCCGGCCGGUCUCUUACUCCCAUUCCUGCUGCCUUCAGCCCUACCUGGCCCAGCCCGCACCCCUGUGGGGUGGAGAUGCCUCGCGGGCCUUGGGUCAGGUUCUGCUCCUUUGUGGGACCUGACAUUUUUCAGCUCUUUGCUAUUAAAGUAAUAAA